AUGGGCCAGGCCUUUUCCCGUUCACCACCAGCUGAGGUACCAAGCGCUGCAAACGACAAGGAGCCGCUUCCCAGCGUUCUUCAGGGAGAUACACAGUACGGAGAUUUAACAGACAAUAAAGGAAUAGUAACAGGAGGUGCUCCUGUUCGACCUCCACGCCGUCAGCCAGACAAAGCCGACACAAUCCCUCUAUGGAGGAACAGAAACUUCCAUGGCCGAACCGCUGAUCUUGAAGCGAUUCAUUCCGCCUUAAGCGGCAACUUAACCGACCCAACAUCUGCAGUCCAUCAGAAUUCAUGUCUUGUGUACGGCAUCGGAGGCAUAGGCAAGACACAGGUUGCCCUAGAAUACGUACAUCGCUACCGGGACAGCUACAACUAUAUUUUCUGGAUCCGGUCCCAAACCGAGCCGGAGAUGGUCCAAGAUAUGACUAAGAUAUUGGAUAUACUCAACCUGGACCGACCAGAAAAUGCCGGUUCUGGUGCCAUUGCGGAUGUAGUGCGAACCUGGUUCACCAACACAACAGAAUCCCCCUGGCUCAUAGUUUUCGACAAUGUUGAGAGCCUCGAAAGUUUGACGCCAUAUCGGCCGCGAUCAAACCAUGGUUCGGUGCUGCUCACAUCUCAGAAUGCCGGAUUCGGGUCGCAGACGACGUUCAGUAUUGGCCUAACUUCGUUCAGCGCCGAAGAAGCUGCUGCUUUCCUGCUAAAGCAUCUGAAAACGGACGGCAUGACCGACCAGCAUGAUGACGCUAUAGCUCUCUGCAAGGAGUUGGGGGGACUACCGCUAGCGAUCGCCCACAUUGCUGGGUACAUGACGGCGUCCAGUGAGCACCUGUCGCCACGUGAGACUCUAGAUCUAUUUAAAGAUCUCCUUGAGUCGAACGAUGUCUUCAAUUCCAAACCAAACACGACGUUUGGGUAUGAUAAGGCUCUGAACGCUGUUUGGGACAUUGCUCUACGUGAACUGGACGCCGAUGCACGCAAACUGAUUCGAGUUCUUUCCAUGUUGAAUCCGGACGGUGUCCCUGAAGACAUGCUGAAAGUUGUGACCUCCGAAAACGGGCUAGAAUUCUUAGCAAACCGUCGAAAGACCCAAUUUCAAGCUUUAAUCCAAAACCUCUCUCGUCGGCAGCUCAUCACCUUGGCGAAACCAUCGGGCAAGAAGGUGCUCAUGACACAUCGAUCCUUGCAGCGCAGCAUUUUGCACAGUCUUGAUGGCAGCCAUGAAGAUGGCGAUAACCUCCAGAGUAUCUUUGAAGCAGCCCUUGCUCUGCUUCGCAACGCGCUCCCUGACCACUCUGCAAUCCUACACCCCAAAAAUGGAUUGUGGAAGAUGAUGGAACUAUACAGUCCCCAUGUCAUGAGCUUGCGAAAGGUCUACGCCGAAUCACCCCACAGCUUGCCGCCAUCUAUCGAGUUCGCCCGAGUCCUCAGCAACGUGGCAAAUUAUUUUUGGGAGCGCAACCUCUUCAGCCAGGGUGUUAUGGCGUGCGAUUCUGCGGAGCAGAUCUGUGCCGCCUUUGACGGCCAGUUUCUGAAAGACCAAUCUGAUGUAUACGCCUUCGGAGCAGCCAUUCGAUCUAAUGAAGGCAUCUCAAGUCGCCGGGAAUUCUGUUUACGCUUGACAAAAUCACUCUCACUUCGCCAACAGUAUAUUAACGGACUCAACGCUGAAGAUAUAACGAUAGAGGAUGUUGCCCACUAUGCCGGUUCUUGGAGCGACGUCGGAACGGCACUCAUGGAAUGGGGUUCAUUCGAGCAAGCAAUUCCAUACUUUGACUUUGCAAUGGCAAUCAGAGAUAGGAUUGACGAAGACUCCUACCGCAUGAAUAUGCAAAACAUAGCGAUGAAAAGCCUGUGCCUGGCGGAGCUUGGAAGGCUCGAGGAGUCAAUGGACCUUAUAGUCCCCGAUUCGGAAUUUGAGACCUGGCCCAAGGAAUUUUUGGACGACGUCUUACUUACGCUGUUGACAUUCAAGCUGUGCUGGUCGACCAUAUACCUGAGAGCUGGGAAGGUUGAAAAGGCUUAUGAAAUUAUGUGCAAUAUCCUAGAUGUUCGAUUGCGCUGUUUUGGUCCAUUCAGUCGAGCGACACUAGAUGUAUACUAUCUCUUGGCAAUGAUUGAGCGACAGAGAUCAGAUCCAAGCGCAGCAGAGGACUGGCUACGAAGGGCUCUUGCGAAGCCUGAGGAAUGGACCAACGAGAGCAAGAUACGCGCACAGUACCAUUUAGGAAAGCUUCUCUUGCUCAAGGGAGAUCAAUCUAGUGCCGAGGUGCUCUUCGCAGAAGCUCGGUCCGGUAAAAUCCAUCUCCUGCAGCGCCAUGGAAGCUAUCUCCCGAAAGACUUCGAUCAUGACGACGAUGCCAUCUACGACCAUCUCGUGCAUAUUGGUGCCGGCAGGAUCGCACCCUCGGAAAAGAUCCCUGCAUUAACUCCGAAGAUGGAUAAAAUAUGUCUGACGAUGAAACAGAAUCUAGAGGCUGCAUUUACGCAUGACAAAGUUAUUGCUGUAGGGGAGAUUUUCCAGUAUCUACGUUAUACGGGGGAAUUUCCCCAAGAAUUUCCCUGAGAGAGAUAUACAACAGCAAACGCU